AUGUUGUCAAGGUGCCUGUCGCUUACCUCAAGAAACCUGCUGAGCUACGGUUUCGCUUCCCAAAAGAUCAAGGUCUCAAACCCCGUUGCCGAGUUAGACGGUGACGAGAUGACCAGAAUCUUCUGGCAGUUCAUCAAGGAUGAACUCAUCCAUCCCUUCCUUGAUCUCAACAUCCAAUACUUCGACCUUGGCAUCUAGCACAGAGACAAGACCAACGAUCAAGUCACUCUUGACUCUGCCAAGGCCAUCAAGGAUUGCAAGGUCGGCAUCAAGUGCGCCACCAUCACUCCUGAUGAGGCAAGAGUAGAGGAAUUCAAGCUCAAGAAGAUGUGGAAGAGCCCUAACGGAACUAUCAGAAACUACCUCAACGGAACUGUCUUCAGAGAGCCAAUUCUCAUCAAGAACAUUCCAAGACUGGUCAAGAACUGGACCAAGCCCAUCGUCAUCGGCAGACACGCCUUCGGUGAUGUCUACAACUGCACCGAUUUCCUCAUCCCAGGAGCAGGAAACAUCGCAGUUGACUUCAAGGGCGCCAACGGAACCCCCGACCAACAUAUCGACGUCCAUAAAUACCCCGGAGCCGGUGUCGGUCUGUUGAUGUUCAACCACGAUGACUCCAUCGAAGCAUUCGCCCACGCCUGCUUCAAAUACGCCCUCAACCGCAACUACCCCCUCUACAUGACCACCAAGAACACCAUCCUCAAGAGAUACGACGGCAGGUUCAAGGACAUCUUCGAGGGAAUUUACCAAAACACCUACAAGAAAGAAUUCGAGGCAAAGAAGCUUUGGUACGAGCACAGACUCAUCGAUGAUAUGGUCGCCCAAGUCAUCAAGGGAGAAGGAGGCUACGUCUGGGCCUGCAAGAACUAUGACGGUGACGUCCAAUCCGACCUCGUCGCUCAAGGUAAAGGUCAAUUAAUUGGAUAUGGAUCUUUGGGAUUGAUGACUUCCGUGCUUUACACCCCCGACGGUGCAGUUGAGGCUGAAGCUGCCCACGGCACUGUUACUCGCCACUACAGAGAGCACCAAAAGGGUAGGGAAACCUCCACCAACUCAAUCGCCAGCAUCUUCGCCUGGACCAGAGGUCUUCUCCACCGUGCCCGCCUCGACAACAAUGCCGAACUCGAAAACUUCUGCCACACUCUUGAAGCCGCCACCAUCGAAGCCGUCGAGAACGGAGAAAUGACUAAGGAUUUGGCCAUUUGCGUUCACAACACAAACAACGUCCCAGGAACACUUACCUAAACACCCA